UUUUUAUUUUUGUGUUUUGAAUCCUAAUUUUUGGUUAUAUGAAACUUGUUGCUGUGUGUAUUAGUGUUGAGGUUGGUGAUCCUGCACAGCUUCCAGCAACUGUAAUUUCAGAUGUUGCUAAGAAUCAUGGAUAUGGCACAAGCUUAUUUGAAAGAUUGAUGCAAGCUGGCUAUCCAGUUAAAAUGUUGAAGACCCAAUACCGAAUGCAUCCUGAGUUAUUUAGGGAUACUCUAACAUGGAUUCUAAGUGGAUUCUAUUGCUAUUUCGUAUGGGCUAAGUGUUAUUAGGUGUAUUUGGAGCACUUGGAACAAGGUGUUGGUGGCUAAAGCUUAUUGGUGAUGAUUAAAAGCCUUGGAAGCUUGAGUUAUAAUGUGUUUGGGUGUGAACCGCCGUCAUUAAGAUGUAGGUCCUAAAGCUCAGCAGUGAGCUGUGAUUCAUCUGAAAGAGCGAAGAUCAUUGGACUCCUGUUUUACUUUUGCUUAGAAUCUCUCCCUAUUUAUCUUGCAAAACUUACUUAUAUGUAUUUAUCAUUUUGGAAAGCUUGCCUAUACAGGUUUUGAUGUAUAUUUUGGGAGAGAUAGGAAAUACUGUUAUCAAAAUAGUUUUUUUCCUGUACCCUAGUCGACCUAAACUUCGCAAGUCGCGACUAGUGGCUAUUAUACUUGUUUGUGGCUAUAUAUAUAUAUAUAUAGUACCUUGUCUUUA